GUGAUGAACCAGAAACACUAACCGAGCCGCCGGGAUUUUGGAGAAAGAAGAAAAUAAGAAGCGAAUUCCGGAUAAAGGAGAUUAAAUUAGGAGGCAGGAGCAUCAGCUGACCUGCGACCAUGUCGGCGGAGAACCCCCCAGACGAAGCCAUGGACUGGACUCCAGCCCCAGAGGAGGGUCCAGCUCCUCCCGCGGACGCCGAUCCGGCGCCGCACCCGACCCACCCCGAGGGACCCGAACACGCUCCCGCCCCACCCCGGGACGCGAACUCCGUCUUUAAGAUCAUGACCUUCAGACCCACGAUGGAGGAGUUCAGCGAUUUCGCGAAGUACAUCGCGUACAUGGAAGCGCAGGGAGCUCACCGCGCAGGGCUAGCCAAGGUGAUUCCUCCUAAAGAGUGGAAGCCCAGGCGUUCGUACGAGACCAUCGAGGAAAUGGUCAUCCCCGCACCCAUCAUGCAGGUGGUCACCGGCCAGUCUGGUCUUUUCACCCAGUACAACAUUCAGAAGAAGUCCAUGACCGUCGGAGAGUACCGCAAACUGGCCAACAGCAAACGCUACUGCACCCCUCAGCAUAAGGACUUCGACGACCUGGAGAGAAAAUACUGGAAGAAUCUGACGUUCGUGUCUCCCAUCUACGGUGCCGAUAUCAGCGGGUCUCUCUACGAUCCGGACGUGACGGAGUGGAACAUCGGCCAUCUGAACACUCUGCUGGACAUGGUGGAGCAGGAGUGCGGGAUUGUGAUCGAGGGCGUGAACACCCCCUACCUCUACUUUGGCAUGUGGAAGACCACGUUCGCCUGGCACACGGAGGACAUGGACCUCUACAGCAUCAACUACCUGCACUUCGGGCAGCCCAAGUCCUGGUACGCCAUUCCUCCCGAACACGGCAAGAGGCUGGAACGACUCGCUAAAGGAUUUUUCCCCGGCUCCUCUCAGGGCUGCGACGCUUUCCUUCGCCACAAGAUGACCCUGAUCUCUCCCUCCAUCCUGAAGAAGUACAGCAUUCCCUUCGACAGGAUCACGCAGGAAGCCGGAGAGUUCAUGAUCACCUUCCCGUACGGGUACCACGCCGGCUUCAACCACGGCUUCAACUGCGCCGAGUCCACCAACUUCGCCACGCUGCGCUGGAUCGACUACGGCAAAAUGGCCACGCAGUGCACGUGCCGUAAAGACAUGGUGAAGAUUUCCAUGGACGUGUUCGUGCGAUGCCUGCAGCCCGAUCGGUACGACCUGUGGAAGCAGGGCAAGGACGUGUCCGCCCUGGACCACCUGAAACCCACCGUGCUCACCAGCCCCGAACUGGAAGACUGGAGGAAGAACCGCGUCACCUUCAAGGAGAAAAUUCUCCGCAGAGCUCAACAGAAGAUCAAGCAGGUGCGCAGGCUCAAACCCGAGGAGCUGAAGCUGCUGGCCGAGAAGGGCGUCGAGCUGGACCUGGCCGACUACCAGAAGCGCGUGGAGGAGAAGGAGGCCCUGAGGAAGCAGCUGAGGGAGGAGAAGAUGACCCGAGAGGCCAUGCUCACUCUGGAGGCCCUGGAGAGAGAGGAGCAGGAGGCGGCGCUCAAAGAAGGAGCGUCCCAGCAGUCCGAGCCGAAGCCCGAGCAGAGCGGCGGGCCGGAGGAAGAACAGCAGAAGAAGAAGAAAAAGAAGAAGCCCAGUUCGCCCGAUCAGGUCGGGUUCCAGGAGGCCUUCGAACACUUCGCCCUGUCGAAGGAGAGCGAGACGCAGGGUAACAGAGUCGACGGAUCGGAUCCAGCCGUGCAGAAUAACUCCUACCCGAAGAUGAAGAUGAAGGUGGAGGUGAAGAAGAGUCGCAGGCAUCCGUUCAGCAAGCCGCCCAUGCAGACGCCCACCUUCGUGGUCAAACCUGAGGCCUCCAGCGAUGAGGAGCUGUACUCGGGGCUGCCGGCUGAGGGCGCCGUCGAGCGGGAGGUGAAGAAGGAGGACUGUCACCUGUGGCAAAGUCGCUCUCCUGAUUUCAUGGCGGAGAAGCAGUUCAACGCUGCCAUGUCCACACUGGAUCCACACUGCGCCGUGUGCACGCUCUUCUGCCCGUUCACACAGCCUCAGAAAGAUCCUCCCGUAUCUGACGGCGGUUCUGUAAGUCGCUGUGGUGAGCGGACUCGCCUCAUCGUACCCGAGAUGUGCUUCAGCGCGGGCGUGGCCAACACCGAGCCGCUUCCCUCCAGCUCUGAGACCAGCACCCUGCUCUGCUGCUCCUGCUGCAGCCUACAGGUCCACGCCAAUUGCUACGGUGUGAAGCCUGACAUGAAGCAGGAGAACUGGAUGUGCUCUCGCUGUACUGCAACGGCCUGGACAGCGGCCUGCUGCUUGUGUAAUCUCCGCGGAGGUGCUCUGAAGACGACCACAGACAACAGGUGGGUUCACGUGAUCUGUGCCAUCGCGGUGGCCGAGGCUCGCUUCGUUAACCCCGUGGAGAGAGAACCGGUCGACGUGUCGGCCAUCCCAGACACCAGGAAGAGUCUGAAGUGCAUCUACUGCCACAAGACGAUGAAGCAGAUCUGCGGUGCGUGCAUCCAGUGCUCCUACGAGAACUGCUCCACCUCCUUCCACGUCACCUGCGCCCACCUGGCGGGCGUGGUCAUGAAGCCCGCCGACUGGCCGUACGUCGUCUCCGUCACCUGUCACAAGCACAGGCAGACCGGCGGCGUGAGCAAGGUGAAGGUGAGCUCGCGGGACCUGGCGCUGGGUCAGGAGGCCAUCGGGCGGAGCAGCAACGGCUGGUUCUACCGCUGCACCAUCGUCGGCAUCUCCUCGCAGACCUUCUACGAGGUCAACUUCGACGACGGCUCCUACUGCGAUAACGUCUACCCCGAGAACAUCGUGAGUCACGACUGUUUGCGUAACGGUCCUCCUGAGCUGGGCGAGCUGAUGGUCGUAAACACGAUAGAUGGUCGCGUCCUGAACGCCUCCUUCGUCAGGGAGCACACUCACAAAUUUUACCAGGUGGAGUUUCAGGACGAGACCCAGCUUCUGCUGAAGCAGAGCGAGAUCCAUUCCCUUUAUCAGGAACUUCCCAAGAGGGUUCAGUCCCGGCUGGUGACGGAGAACAGCGGUCACCCUCAGGAUCAGUCGUGCGAGGAGCCCCAGGCCGCCAAGCGUCUGCGCUUUACUCCCUCCCCUCCUGCAGCGCCGGAGCCCCUGGACGCUCCACUCCUGCUCCCAGCAUGCCCCAGUCUGUCCCCGUACACGAACCUCAGUGUUAGCUCCGCCAGCGCAGCGCCCUGCCUGUCCGCUCAGUCGGGCCCCGGCGCAGACGAGCCCUUCACGCACAGCUCCAGCUACAUCGCCUACAUGGAGUCGCUCCUCAACUCGGACUUCCCCCCGGAGGACGGCGGGCAGGGGCGGGUGUCCAUGUAUUAGCCUCGCCGUCUACACGGACUCGCGGGGGAGUACGCCGCAUGCUCAUGUACCUCUCCCCCCCUCGUGUGCUUUUCGGUAUCGCAUUAAUUCUCGCGCAGGGGAGGGCGGACCCGUUUCCAGCCUGAACGACGUGCAGGAUACUUUAUACAGAACCAAACGGACCCAGUGUGUAAUAUUUUUCUAAGUCGAGCCAGAACACACCACAGUUUAUCUGCAAUCUGUUUGUGUACAGUUCUUUUUUUUUUCCUCUCUCGGUGUCCGACUAUGG